GGUUAUGAUAAAGAGGAGAAAGCAGCUAGAGCUUAUGAUCUUGCAGCUCUGAAGUAUUGGGGUCCGACCACCACACCAAUUUUCCUGUAUGUGAGUAACUAUGAGAAGGAGCUUGAGGAGAUGAAAAACAUGACUAGGCAGGAAUUUGUUGCUUCCCUUAGGAGGAAAAGCAGUGGAUUCUCUAGGGGAGCUUCUAUCUAUAGAGGAGUUACUAGGCACCAUCAACAUGGCCGCUGGCAGGCUAGGAUAGGGAGAGUUGCAGGAAAUAAAGAUCUCUACCUUGGGACAUUUAGGCAGAAAGUAUAUGCU